GAAGAAUCCAUCGCUGACAAGAAAGAAACCUUCAACAAAAACGAAUUCGCUCAGCCGCCGACCUCGCUUACGGAAAGAGAAGCCGAAGACCGCGACCGCAUCGACCAAGAUCUCAAAGCCGGCCUUCAUCCCCUAAAGCACAAAUAUGUAUUCUGGUACACUCGCCGGACGCCAGGCGUUCGGACGCAAUCAUAUGAGGAUAACAUAAAAAAAAUAAUGGAUUUCAGUACAGUUGAAGGAUUUUGGGUCUGCUACUGCCAUUUGGCUCGUCCAUCAACACUGCCCAGCCCUACUGAUUUGCAUCUUUUCAAAGAGGGAAUUCGCCCUUUGUGGGAGGAUGCAGCCAAUUUCAAUGGUGGUAAAUUGACAAUUCGAUUUAAAAAGGCUGUAUCUGGGAGAUUUUGGGAGGACCUUGUUCUGGCAUUGGUUGGUGAUCAACUUGAUCACAGUGACAACAUUUGUGGCGCAGUCUUAAGCAUUCGCUUCAAUGAAGAUAUUUUGAGUGUGUGGAACCGCAAUGCAUCAGACCAGCAGGCUGUAGCAGCAAUAAGAGAGUCAAUCAAACGACACUUGAAGCUGCCCAGCGCAUAUGAGAUUAAAUACAAAGCUCAUGAUGCUUCUCUGCGUGACAACUCAUCGUAUCGGAACACCACUUGGAGAGGCUAAAACCUACCUAGCGGUUGCUUGCUUCCCAAGAAAAAACGGAGACGAUUCUAAAUUAAGUUUGCAUGUGAGUUGAUCAUGACCAUAGGAAACCAGUGUAGUCGCAUAAUCCAUGCAUGUGAAAUCCACUUUCCAAAUACAUUAAAAUUCUAAUGUUGGGACCAUCAUUGCUGAGUUUCUUUUGGUGGCUAUGAUAUAUAACCUCUAUAGGUUUCAUUUGUUUGUGUACUUCAAAUUAUCUGAGAUACUUCAUCCACUACAAAACUCUAUUCAGCUAAUACUCGAAGUAACUACCUGGGUUUGCCAUGAUGCAGAGCCGUAGGGAGUCCUUUAAGGUGCCUUGUGGACUUGUGGACAUAUUUGUUACUGUUGAUCCAAAAUCAGACUUUGGCAGACCCUUCAAAGACUACGACAAAAACUCGUGUAAUAAUUAAUUGAGGGCCAAAAUCUAUGUCUUUAUUGAGUAGUAAUUUUGGCAGAGUUUCAGUAUGGUAGAAAAGCAUAUACGUAG